AUGGUGAAGAGCCCUCAAACUCUGGUCCUGAUUGCCGAAGCACCCCUCAGAGGAUGCCGACCACUUAUCUGCAUAUUCGAACAUUUGCCAUCAUCAGGGCUUUGUGCUGGAGGAUCAGGAUUCAGGACCGCGUCCGGAGGAUUAGCCAAUCAACGACCCAUAUGGUUCCGCGUUGUCGCUCCAAAGGUAGAUACAAUCUGCCUGAUUAUGGGUAUGUGGACUCGAUGGGGUGACGCUGCAUGUGUUUUGGCCCUUGGGGCUCGCCUGGCAGACGAACACGGGGCUCAGGCAGCCAGGCCGGGCUGA